UUCUCCAAUUUUGUCUCUCAUUUCAUCAAUUGAACUGUAAAUUAUUCCAAUUAUUUGUUCAACACUCGUGGGAGCAGACAGACUCUGGUUUGAAACCCGUUUGAUUUUUUUGUUAUGCAGCUCAUAUGUUUGAAUAAAUGCCCACUCGAACUGGUCUCUAUAACCAUCCUCUUUCAUAGUACAAGGAUCAGAAUUAUUCUAUCAUCCCUUGCAUCUCCUCAUCACUAAAAGUGUGGCAGAUAAAGAUCAAGAGUUUCAGUUCAUAAGGAUGAUGCAGAGGGAGAAAGAGAGCAAAUCACAAUAAUGAUCUGGAAGGAAACAAGAAUGAUAGUGAAGACCAAGAUCAUAAAUGCUGUUAGACCUGUGAGAACCCCUCUUAGAUAAAACAGCAAAGUCACAUUAGCCUUACUUUCCAAAUUGUUAAGUUGUACCUCCCAUCAGUAUAAAAUCAGCAAGUAUGGUUAAAGACACUUUCAAAUGAUUGAAAGAGGCGUUGGGUUUAGACUCCCAACAGACACAAAAUUCCUCACUCAACAUUGCAAAAUUCUUAAUCAGCUCAAAAUUAUCCAUGCCAAACUUGUGAAAUGCCCCUUCUCAGCUGACACGGCCACUUUUACCUCUCUCCUCUCAGAUGCAGCCAGCUCCUCUAGCAUUACCUUGUUCUCAUAUGCUUGUGUUAUAUUCCAAAACCUUCGGUCCCAUACUACCUUUCAGUACAAUACUAUAAUUAGAGGCUAUGUGCAAUCCAAUCAACCCAUAAAGGCCAUCUUGUGCUACAAAGAUAUGAUGAGAGAUGGACUUAUCAAGAAUAACUACACUUUUACACCUCUAGUCAAAGCUUGUUCCAUGGUUUCACAGGAGUUUGAGCGUAUAGGUUUAUUGGUACAUGCUAAUAUAUUUAAAUUAGGAUUUGGUUCUGACCUAUUUAUUGCAAGCGCUUUGAUUGAGUUCUAUGCCUUAAAUCUUGACAUGGGGACAGCAGAAGAGUUGUUUGGUGAAAUUCCAGUGAGAGAUGUGGUUAUGUGGACCGCAAUGGUCGACGGUUAUGGUAAAAUGGGAGACACUAAGAAAGCGAGAGAAUUGUUUGAUAAGAUGCCAGAGAGGAAUGUGAUAUCUUGGAGUUCAAUAAUUGGAGCAUAUUCACGGAAAAGUGAUUUCAGAGAAGUAUUAUGCUUGUAUAAAACAAUGGAAAACUUGAGUUUGAAGCCUAAUGAGUCGGUUCUGGUGAGUGCACUUACUGCAUGCGCUCAUCUUGGUGCAUUAUCGCAGGGUUUAUGGAUACACUCGUAUGCCAAGAAAUGCAGGUACGUCUCCAAUCCUAUUCUAGCUACCGCAUUGGUUGACAUGUACUCAAAAUGCGGUUGUGUGCAUCUAGCUUUAACAGUUUUUGAAGAGAUUCGAGAAAAGGACUGCCGAGCCUGGAAUUCUAUCAUAUCUGGAAUGGCACUACAUGGAGAUGCUAAGAAAUCACUCAAACUAUUUAAUGACAUGGUUCUGAGUGGGACCCGACCAACUGACGCUACAUUUGUUGCUGUCCUCACUGCUUGUACUCAUGCUAGGAUGGUCCAAGAGGGCCUAUCUCUGUUUGAGAGCAUGACAAGAAUCUACAAGAUUGAGCCUAAAGUCGAGCAUUAUGCCUGUGUUGUAGACCUCUUGGCCAGAUCAGGUGAGAUAGAGAAAGCCGAGAAAUUUAUUGAAGAUAACAUCCAUGGAAUUGGGGAAGGGGAUGGUAAUGUAUGGGGAGCUCUGCUGGGGGCAUGUAGGAUUCAUGGGAAGGUCGAUAUUGGGAAUAGAUUGUGGAUAAAGCUAGCUGAUAAGGGAAUUGCUGAUUACGGGAUCCAUGCACUGGCUUAUAACAUGUACCGGGAAUCUGGUUGGGUGCAUGAAGCAAAAAAGGUUAGGAGACAGAUUGAGACGAAACAAAUGAGGAAAAAACCGGGCUGCAGCGCUGUAGAAGUUGACGGGAUUGUAGAAGAGUUUGUUGCUGGUGAUGUUUUGCAUCCUCGGGCAGGCGAUAUUUGUAAGAUUCUUGAUCUUUCACUAAGUGGUGUAUCAUGUCCUACAACAUUGUAUGAGUAUGAUGACAGCACUACUUAGUAACUACUACAUGUCUGUCAUAACAUUUCAUUUUUCAAGAUAAGGUAAUAAAAUGUCAAGAAUCAAGAUUGAGAUAAA